AUGAACAAAGUUUUGAAAUCUCAUAAACACAAUAUCUCCGAUAUAAAUGAACUUCAAGCUACAUUAAAUAGUAAAGCAGAUAAAAACCAUGUUCAUUAUAUAAGUUCAGAUGAACAGAUUAUAACGGACUACCAUGGAUAUUUAACACGAAGUGAUGAAGCGAAGACAAAAAAUGUUAAUGAAAGAAGAUAUAAAUACAUUCGUGCUAAAGGUUAUGACAUAAGCUGUACUGUACAGUAUGAUGUAGCUAAAGCACCAGAAGCAUUUGGUUAUACCGGUGAAAUUUAUGCCUCUACUUUCAAUGUUAACGGUGUACUAGUUGAACCAAGAUUUACUUUGAGAGUUAAGUCAAAAAUAACGUUUGAAGAUGCUAUUAAAAGUAAAGCUGACAAAGAUGAACUCGAAGCAACGAACAAAGUUUUGAAAUCUCAUAAACACAACAUCUCCGAUAUAAAUGAACUUCAAGCUACAUUAGACAGUAAAGCUGACAAGAACCAUACACAUAAAUCCUUCACUACUGUUAGAGCAGACGACAUAAUAUUGAACUUUGACCUUGGUUCAAGUGCACCUUUAGAGAAUCCGAGUACAAGCGUAAAAGAUACUCUUAACAAUUUAGAUAACAGUUGCAGGAAUAUUGAAAGUCAUGCCAGAAACUUUGAAGCACAUGAACUACCCGCAAUGUUAGAUAAGAAAGCUGACAAAACUUAUGUGGAUGCAGAACUAACAAAGAAAUUUUCGAAACCAGAUACAAUGACAUUUACAACAGAAAUUAUAAAUGGUGAACCAGCAACUCCAUUUGAAUUUGUUAGAGGUCUUCAACCAGAUACUUUUGAAUUUUUCUUGGAUAAUUCUAUUGAACUAACAUUACAUUAUAAAAGUGGAACAAAUGCAACAUUUCAUCCGGGAGAUACAUUCCAAAUGGUAUUUAAUGACAUAAGUUCUUUAGAAUAUGUUUAUAGAGUUAUGAGCAUAUAUGAUUUAAUAUAUCCUAUAGGAGCU